AUGAACUUAGACACAGUACGAAGGCAGGCGCAUCGCGUCGCAUCAAGAGGUGCCGGUGAUGGCGCCCUCAACUACAAUCCGUUCGCUCGAACGCGAUCCAGGGACUCGCAAGGCGAUAUAGAGAAUCCGGUAUAUCGAACGAGAUCAACACGUUCGGAGAACCACGUCACGCCAGCUAUCGAAGAACAAAGGCGGCUAGAAAGCAGAGAGGCAGGCAAAGAGUUUGGAGCGCCUGGCCAUCAUAACACUGAGCCUUCUGCUUCGUCACCAACCUAUGCUGCUACUUCAUCGACCAUUCCCGAGUCAUCAGUGGAGAAGGAGACGAUCCCAGAGACAAAUGGAAUCAUCAAGGACUCCAGUGACAGCACAGUUGUCGGCUCAACCCGCCAGAACAGCAACGGUCCCACAAAACGAGCCAAGUUCAAGACCAUCUUCCGAAAAGACCAUGCAGACCACGACGAAGGCGCGGAACUAGAUCGAGUAGAGUCCGAGCAACUAUCGCUAGAAGAGAGGAAGAAGAAGGCCUAUAAGAAGAAGAUUCCAGUCGGCGCACAAAUCCGCUUUGUCCUUUUCGGAGCCUGGAUCAAUGUCUUGCUCAUCAUGGUUCCAGUUGGUUUCGCCGUCUACUACGCCCGUCUGGACCCAGUUCCGGUCUUCAUCAUCAACUUCGUCGCCAUCAUUCCCCUCGCGGCUAUGCUGAGCAGUGCGACGGAAGAAUUGGCCAUCAGGGUAGGGGAGACGCUAGGAGGAUUGCUGAACGCCACUUUUGGAAACGCCGUUGAACUGAUCGUCUCCGUCCAGGCUCUGAUCAAGAAUGAGAUUACCAUUGUCAAGACCUCCCUUAUCGGCAGCAUGUUGUCCAACUUGUUGCUCGUCCUGGGUAUGUCGUUCUUCUUAGGAGGCAUCAACCGGCUGGAGCAAUUCUUCAACGUGACAGUCGCGCAGACUGCAGCGUCUCUGCUCGCUCUCUGUAUUGCGUCGCUCAUCAUUCCGACCGUAUUCCACAACAUGAUUGCCGAGGACAGCAUUGUAGAGGGCGACGCGGCAAAGAACCAAGAACUAUCCCGAGGAACUGCCGUCAUCCUUCUUUUUGUCUACGCCUGUUACUUGGCUUUUCAGCUCAAAACUCAUGCUAGUAUGUAUAAUGAACCGAGUCAGAAAGUUCCCAAGCGCAAGUCUGGUAGGAAAGAGGAAGGUGCUGCAAACCGUGGCAUCGCAGCAAUUGGCGCCGGCACUGCUGCCGCCUCAGGUGGCGGCGUCAACGUAAAAUCGCUCUUCAAGAACCCUGACGGCUCGGACGAGGAGGAGGAAGAGGAGUUCGAAAUGCCCUCUCUCUCAGUCAUUGGCGCUCUCGUCACGCUUGCCAUCUCCACCACCUGCGUCGCCUUCUGCUCUGAGUUCAUGGUUUCCAGUAUCGAUGGACUUACCGCUACCGGUAAGGUCUCUACAACCUUCGUCGGUUUGAUCUUACUCCCCAUUGUCGGUAACGCCGCUGAGCACGCUACUGCCGUUACCGUCGCUAUCAAGGACAAAAUGGACUUGUCUAUCGGUGUCGCUGUCGGCUCCAGCAUGCAGAUUGCGCUUUUGGUCUUCCCGCUUAUUGUCAUUCUCGGUUGGAUCUUAGGCAAGGACUGCAUGACGCUCUACUUCGACACGUUCCAAAUUGCAACUCUGUUUGUAUCGGUAUUGCUUGUCAACUACCUUAUUCAGGAUGGCAAAUCUCAUUGGCUCGAAGGUAUUCUGCUCAUGGCAAGUUACAUUAUCAUCGCUCUCGCUGCCUGGUUCUACCCGAAUAUCAACGAGAACCAGUGUUAG